GGGUACCUUCAUUUUGCAUCAACCUCUCGGCUCUCCUUUGCUCUUACGACAACAACUGCAAUUUGAUGAUCGAGCCCUUUAUUUGUUUCUCCUUCAUUUCUCAUUAGUCCUUUUUCUCUUCUUUCUUCCUCCUUUCGUUUCGUCUUCGCACUAUCUGAGUCGGGGAGUAGAGAGAGAUGGCAGGGAAAGGUAGCGAAGAGUUCAGCUUCGGAAACGGAACCGCAAGGAAGGGUCUGCCGAAGAUCCAGACGACAUCGUCGCAGAAGAAAGAGAACGGCAUCUGUCAUGAUGACAGUACGCCUCCUGUUAGGGCCCAGACCAUUGACGAACUUCACUCUCUUCAGAAGAAGAAGUCUGCGCCCACCACUCCCAUUCAGGGAACCCAGGGGGCUUUUGCCAACCUCUCUGAAGAGGAACGCGAAAAACAGCAGCUCCAGUCCAUCAGUGCAUCAUUGGCGUCACUUACGAGAGAAACAGGGCCGAGGUUGGUGAGAGGAGACCCGGCGAGGAAGGCCGAGACCCCGAAGCAUUCGGCCGCUGUGCAGCACUAUUUCUCGCCAACGAUCAGCGUCAGUGACAGUUCCUUAAAGUUCACCCAUAUCCUUUACAACCUCUCUCCUGCAGAGCUAUAUGAGCAGGCCAUCAAAUACGAGCAAGGGUCGUUCAUCACCGCAAGCGGUGCAUUGGCAACCCUCUCUGGAGCCAAGACUGGCCGCUCUCCAAGAGAUAAGCGUGUUGUCAAGGAUGAAACCACUAAAGAUGAGCUUUGGUGGGGAAAGGGUUCACCUAACAUUGAGAUGGACGAGCAUACGUUCCUGGUCAACAGAGAAAGAGCUGUUGAUUACUUGAACUCCUUGGACAAAGUCUUUGUGAAUGAUCAAUUCUUGAACUGGGAUCCACAGAACAGAAUCAAAGUCAGAAUUGUUUCUGCCAGAGCAUACCAUUCUUUGUUCAUGCAUAACAUGUGUAUCCGACCCACUCCUGAAGAGCUGGAGAAUUUCGGUACUCCGGACUUCACUAUAUACAAUGCUGGACAGUUCCCGUGUAAUCGUUAUACUCACUACAUGACAUCCUCUACUAGCAUAGACCUUAAUCUUGCUAGGAGGGAAAUGGUCAUCCUCGGCACACAGUACGCCGGGGAAAUGAAGAAGGGUCUUUUCAGUGUUAUGCAUUAUCUCAUGCCUAAACGUCAAAUCCUCUCCCUACAUUCUGGCUGCAAUAUGGGAAAAGAUGGAGAUGUUGCCCUCUUCUUUGGAUUGUCAGGUACUGGAAAGACAACACUGUCCACUGAUCACAAUAGGUAUCUAAUUGGAGAUGAUGAACACUGUUGGAGUGAGAAUGGUGUGUCGAAUAUUGAAGGUGGUUGCUACGCCAAGUGCAUUGAUCUCUCAAGGGAGAAGGAGCCUGAUAUCUGGAAUGCCAUCAAGUUUGGCACUGUGUUGGAAAAUGUGGUGUUUGAUGAGCAUAACAGGGAGGUGGAUUAUACUGACAAAUCUGUUACAGAGAACACUCGUGCAGCCUACCCGAUUGAGUACAUCCCCAAUGCAAAGAUACCAUGUGUUGGUCUGCAUCCUAAGAAUGUUAUCCUUUUGGCCUGUGAUGCAUUUGGCGUGCUCCCACCAGUGAGCAAGCUUAGCCUGGCACAGACCAUGUACCAUUUCAUCAGCGGCUACACUGCUUUGGUUGCCGGCACAGAGGAUGGUAUAAAGGAGCCAACAGCAACAUUCUCAGCUUGCUUUGGUGCUGCAUUCAUAAUGUUGCACCCCACCAAGUAUGCGGCAAUGUUGGCUGAGAAGAUGCAGAAGCACGGUGCAACAGGGUGGCUCGUUAACACUGGCUGGUCAGGUGGAAGCUAUGGUUCUGGAAGGCGCAUCAAGUUACCAUACACACGUAAAAUCAUCGAUGCCAUCCACUCUGGCAGCCUGUUGAAGGCAAAUUACAAGAAAACAGAGGUGUUUGGGCUUGAGAUCCCCACUGAGAUUGAGGAAGUGCCUUCAGAAAUCCUGGAUCCAGUGAAUACUUGGUCAGACAAGAAGGCUUACAAGGAUACACUGCUGAAGCUUGGUGGCCUAUUCAAGAAGAACUUUGAAACUUUUACCAACUACAAGAUUGGCAAGGAUGGGAAGCUGACUGAGGAGAUCCUUGCAGCUGGUCCAAAUUUCUAAUUCAAGGCUAGAGAAGAAAAAGAGUAAAGCAUAGUAUGAGUGGUGGAGUGGGUUUAAUGUCAUUGGAAAUAAAAGAGGCUUGGGUUUUGGUUUCAUAAAAUAUGUCUAGUCUGCUCUAUGGCUCAAUUGAUAUGUAAAAUUGUUACUUAAUAUAUUAAAUAACUCAUAUUUAGUUUAA